AUGGCUCCUCAGGCAAGCUGCGGAACAACUGGGGGCAACUUCAUUAAGGGACACAUCAAUAUAUGGGACACGACAAAGGAGGUGGAGGCGCUUCUGGGACCUUGCGCCGUAGUCCUGCGCGGAAUCGGGCUGUGGCAACCGCCCGGUGGCCAGCCAGCGGGUGCCAAGUUUCUGAUCACGGCCGUGCUACUGCUCCAGCAUCUCGCCAUCCUCGUCGGGGGCCUCGUGGAAAUCGUCAUCGACCCGCCGCCUCUGGACGUCAUCUUAGAGGGGAUCUUCACUAUCGCCUGCAGCUUCACCUGGGGACUCAGAAUGGUGUCGGUUCUAGUACGGCAGAGCAGAGUGCAGCAGCUGGUGGUGGACGUAUUGAACAUGAGGAAGCAGUUCACUGAAAACAGCGCAGUCUUACGCAAAUCCUACCGCAGGCGCGCACUUAUUGUGUGCGUUGCAUGGGUGGUUUUCCCGCUGCUGGCAGUACCCAUGUGGUUCGUGGAGCCCGCACUGACCAAGACACUGGUUACGACAUCUGAAAACACCACAAUACUCAUUCGGAAAACUCCGUUCGUCAUGUGGAUGCCGCUUGACACGCAGACGCAUCCGAACUACGAAAUAACGUACGUGAUACAGAUCGCACUCCUUGUUAGCGUUGUCCAGGCGACAGUGUUAGUCGAUCUUUUUUUCGCCUCCUUAAUGAUCAAUAUAACAGCCGAUAUAGCUAUACUGAAUAAUAACAUCGCAAACAUGCGACUGCAUAAAGAAAAUGGAGUUACGAAGGAGUCGGCGGAAGGAGUCAAGGUGUCUGGUGCAUGGGAAGUCACGUAUAAGAGGAAAAAGUCACUAGCAGAGAAAGGUGAACAGCACGACGAGAACAUAGCCACGACCACACCAUAUACCACCGAUCCCAGCGCGCAACUGUACAGAACAUUAGCAAGGAAUAUUCAGCACCAUCAAGUUAUAAUGUCAAUCAUCAACGACUUGGAAUCUAUCAUGAGCGAAUCGAGUGUCAUCAUGCUGGCCGUAAAUUCAAUAAACAUCUGCCUACAAGGUCUUGGAUUUGUAGACGCUUUCCGUCCAGGCGCGAAGAGAACACUUGUUCUGAAGAAAGUGCUGACCUUCCCAGCGUACAUCAACCAGACUGCCCACUUCUGCUGGUACGGCCAAGAAAUCAUAGACCAGAGCGAGCGUCUGCUGGAGUCUGCCUUCAGCUGCGGCUGGGCGGAAGCUGACCAGCGCUUCUGCAGUUCACUGCGCAUCUUCAUGCUGCAGGCGUCGCGACCGCUUAAGCUGCAGAUAGGCAAGAUAUUCACCCUCUCCAGAAACCUUUUCCUGCAGAUUUUGAAUACAUCGUACACGAUCUUCAACAUGAUGAUCAAUUUCUAAAGAAGAAAUG